AUGUAACCAAAAUUCAAAGAGGAAUCAGAAUUAGAAUCAGAAGACUUAAUAUAUAAGAAAGCUACUGAAUAAUUAAAAUAAUAAAAGCCUCAUUUAUAAAUAGAUGAAGAAGAUACUAAAAAUGAAGUUUCAUUUAGAGACUUUUAUAAAAGUGUAAGAUCUGGUAAACAUGAAAUUGAACAAGAAGAACAAAUCAAUUUUGUAGAACCAGAACAUAAAGAAAUUUAAAUAUAAUCUUAUUUAUAAGAAUUAAGUGAUGGACUUGAACCACAAAUUGAAAAUAUUGCAGAAACUGAACUUCAAACUGAUCCUAUUAAAUUAGGAAAAUUUAAAAAGUAUUUUGUUAAAGAAGAACAACAAAAACAAGAUAUUAAAAUAGAUAUUAAUCUAGAAAAUGAUUAACCUGUUGAAAAAAAAAUGACAUUAAGAGAAAAAUUAGAAAUGAAAAAGAAAUAGGCUUAACAACCAUCAGUUAUAGCAGCAAUUCAAAUUAAAUAAGAAGUAAAUAAUUAAGAAUAAGUGACUACCUAAUAAGAAUAGAGUGUUGCUAAAACUACUUUAAUGAAAAAGAUUGAAGAAUUUAAGAAAUAGAAAUAAUAAAAAGAAUCUUAAGAAACAUAGGAAAUAUAAUAAUAAGAUAAUAUAGAAUCAACUAAUAUUAAAUCAGUAUCCAAUUAAGCUCCUGAAAAUCCUUUAAAAAAACUAUUAAAUAAAAAAGCAGAAGAAAAAAAAGAAAAAGAGGCUUAAUAAUUAACUAAAAUAUAGGUUGAAGAUAGAUAAGAAUAAUUGUUCAAAUCUACAUAAGAAGUAGAACUAGAAUUAAAAUCAGUGGAUCUUUAAGAUGAACCUAAAGAAUAAAAUUAAUAAGAAACAUCUGAUAAUAAUAAUAAAUCAGUUUAAUAAGAUUCAACAGAGUUACUUAAUGAUUCUCCUGAUCAACUUAAUCAAUUAAGUCAAGAUUAAUAAGAUUUUUAAGAACAAGAACAUGAUGAAUCUCAUCAAGAGUAUUUUAUUUCAGAUUAAAAUAAUGAUAUGGAAUCUGUUGAUGAUAAUAUUUCAUAAUAAUAAAUUGAAUCACAAAAUAAUUCAAAUAUUGAUUCUUAAAAAUAAUAAGAUUAAUCAUCUGUUGAAAUAGGUUACGAAACUUCAAUCAAAGAAUCAUCAGAAAACAUAAUUAAGCAAAAUGAAUAAACCAAUCAAAAUUAUAAUUAAAAUGAUAAUGAUGAGGAAAUUAAUUCAAAUUUAGAAUAACCUUAAGUUAUUUCAGAUGAGCAUCAUGGGGAGAAAAUAAAUAAUAAUAAUGAUAAUAAUUAAGAAUAAGUUUCAUAAGUUGAUUAAGAGAGUAAUAAUUUAGGAAAUUAAGAUAUUUAGUAAAAUACUUAAUAAGAUAUUUAAUAAGAAAUUGAAAAUGAAAAUUUAUAAGAGAUUGAAAAUGAAAAUUUAUAAGAAAUUGAAAAAGGAAUUGAAUAAGAAAAGUAAUAAGAAAAGUAAUCAGAAAAUUAAUUAGAGAAUCAAGUAAACUAAUAAGAAAUUUAAUAAUUAAACUAAAAAUAAAAUUAAGAAGAAUAAUAAAAUGAAGUAGAAUAAAUUUAAAAUUUAUAAUAAGAGUAAAUAAAUAAUAAGACUUAUAAUGAUGAAUAAGAAAAUUAAUCAGAAACUUAGGAUUAAGAUGAUAAAUAAUACAUAGAAUAGGAUUAAGUUGUAUAAUAAGAAUAGACUGACACAAUCAUUUAGGAAAAAGAUAUGAAUAUCUAUUAUGAUUAAACAGAUAAUUAAAUGGAAAAUACAUUAUCUUAAGGUUUUGUGAUGGAAAAUAAUGUCGAAACUUCAGAUUAUCUUGAAGAAGUUAAAGAAGCAGAAAGAUUAAAAAAGAAAAGAGAAGUAGAAGAAAUGAUAGAAGAAGAAGAAAAGAUUAAGUUAGAGUUAGAAUAAAAAAAAAUUGAAGACGAAUAAAAAUUGUAUGAAUUAGAAGAAUAUGAGAAAUAAUUAAUUAAUGAAAAAUAAAAAGAAGAGAAAGAAAUUGAAUAAGUCUAAUAAUAAAUAAAUUAAGAAUAAAGUGAAUUAUAAGGAUUUGAAUCAAAAAAUUCUGAAUAAUAAUAAGAUAUAGUUCCUAAAUAAGAAAUACUUCCCACAUAAGAUAUUAUUCCUAAAUAAGAUGUAAAAUAAUUAUAGGAGGCUAUACAAGAUGAUUAAAAUAUUUAGAAGGAUGAUUUAAAAAUAGAUAAUUAGAAUGAGUAAUACAAAAACGAAAUAGAAUAGACUGUAAUUAAAGUGGAUAAAGAAGAUGUACUAGAAAAUAAAUUAGAUGAUGAAAAUAGCUUUAAAUUAAAAGAUGAAACUUUAGAAAAUGGAUUUAAUAUUGAUGAAUAUGAAAGAUAAUAACAUAGAAAUCAAGAAAAUACUGAACCUGAAACUGCUAAUUAUUCUUAAAAUAAUGAAUUGUUUCAUAAUAAUGAUUUUACAACUUAAGUAGUCAAUGAUUAAUAAGAAUAAAUAAUUGAAUAGUCAACAAUUAAUUUAUCUGUUGAUGAAUAAUAAUCUGAUUUAUAAAAUGAUGAUACUUAAUUUGAACCAUAAAUUCAAAUAAGUAAAGAAGUUUCAAUUAAUGAUAAUCCAACUCAUUUUAAUUAAGUUUCUGAUUCUGCUACAAACUAACAAUCAGAUAGCCAUAGUGAUCAAACUUAAUUCAAUUUAGAAGAAUAGGAUCUUAACUAAAAUCAAUUUCAAUUUGAAAAAACUGAAAAAUCAAAUAGCUUUGAUGAUUAAUCAGAAAAUUCAAAGGAAAAUUUAAAUAAAUUUGAUAAUCAAAACUCAAUCGAUUCAUCUGAAGAUUAACCUAUGGAAGAUAUAUAAAAAGAAAUUAAUAUAGAUGAUGAGAGUGUUUAAGAAAAUUAAGUUCAUUUUUAAGAAUAUUCUCAAUCAGAUUCAUCAUCUUAAGAGAGUGAUACUCCAAAUUUGA